CACAGCACACAAGGUCGUCUGAGACACGACCGUCCUACGGUACGUAGAUGCCCUUGUUCGCUUCAGCCAGUGCGCAGCGGUUAGAUGCGCCCGAUGAUACCGCGCUCUCUUUAUUGCGUCCGCUCUGACGAGAAGCCCCGGGGGUCGGACGAGUAACUUCAGUUCGGUCGGAGAAAAGCAUUUUCCUCUGCACAGACAACAGAGAGCAAUAAGUGGAAGUGUUAUUUAUCUUUUUGUUUUCUUCAUUAUCAAGGAACGAGAGAAACUACGGAGGUUGUGACGGCGCGGACGCGUGAGCUUGAUAAAAGGAUUUUGAUGAAAGUCAAGGUUGUCCAGUUCACAUUCGAGGUUAUCCAGCGGGGAUUGAUAUUUCCUGACAGGAAUCUACAUAGAGAUCGGAGAAAUAUUAAGGUCAAUCGAUCAACCAACUUCUGUGCGUUUUAAAAAUUGUGGGAUAACCGGGAACAGGGGAGUAUUUGAAGUUUUGUAGUCGAUAGUGGCGCAAUAUCAGUAUUUUUAAUAUUAUAAGUUGAUCUGACGCUCUCAAACCCGGACUAAUAUCAAGCCACUCGACCCAAAUGAGAGAAAUACAUCAAGGCUCAUGUGAAACGGAUAUGUUGGCGGGUUUCAUCAAAUAACCCCCCAUAAUUAUUUUUCAUACAUCUUUCACUAAAGUUGCAAGUGGAACUAAGUAUUGGAUUUAUAAGGUCUGAACUUCCGUCUGACUUUGUCUUAACCACCGACUGAGUGUUUGGAGAUGAACCUGCGGUGUGAAAAGACGCGCGUUAAAUAACCCGUGAUCGGAAAUUAUCGGCUGCAACGUCGGACGGAGUCUGGGAUUGUUAAACCUCACUGCUUGUUCGUAUUGGAACUAUGAUGAUUUUACUCAAUAUUCUAAGCGUCCUGUUUUUAUUGGAUGAGGUGGUACUUUCAACGGCCAGCCAUUCUUCCCUGUCAGGGCUGGGAACUCACGGCUGGAGGGCUCCCAUGGACUGCCUGAGAGCCAGUGAGAUGUGCAACCAGAACUCGCAGUGCAGCUCACGCUUUCGCAUCAUGCGCCAGUGCCUGGUGGGUCGUGACAGGACUACCAUGCUGGCCAACAGGGAGUGUCAGGCUGCCCUUGAGGUGCUGCAGGACAGCCCGCUGUAUGACUGCCGCUGCAAGAGGGGCAUGAAGAGGGAGCUACAGUGUCUACAAAGCUACUGGAGCAUCCACAUGGGGCUUAAUGAAGGAGAAGAAUUAUACGAGACCUCUCCAUAUGAACCAAUGCAUCUCUCUGAUGAGUUCAGACUGGCCUCCAUUAUUUCUGCCAUGGACUCAGCUUCUGCGAAAGGGUAUGUGUGUUCGGAUGUGGGGAAGCCUUGUAACCCCUGCCUGGAUGCGGCAAAGGCCUGCAAUCUAAACGACACCUGCAAGAGGCAACGGUCGAUGUACAUGGCCACCUGCAGUCGGGCAACUCCAAUACAGCAAGCUCAGGAACCCUGCAAUCGAAAACGCUGCCAUAAGGCCCUCCGACAGUUUUUCGACCGGGUGCAAACGGAGUUCAGCUACCCGCUGCUCUUCUGCUCAUGUCGGGACAAAGCUUGUGCUGAACGUCGCCGGCAAACCAUCAUGCCUGGCUGCUCUUUCGAGGAUAAGACGAAACCUAACUGCCUUGAGCUAAGGAGGACCUGCCGCUCUGAUCCGCUCUGCAGAUCCAGACUGGCAGACUUCCACAUGAAUUGCCAGACGACACCGCAUUCAAUAACAAGCUGUCCUAAUGAUAACUACCAUGGUUGUCUGGUGUCCUACGUUGGACUCAUUGGAUCAGAUGUGACUCCUAACUAUGUGGAUGCCAGCCACACCAACAUAACCAUUUCCCCAUGGUGUGGUUGUCGAGGCAGUGGAAGUCAUGAAACCGAGUGUGAGGCUUUCCUACGGGACUUCAGGGAGAACACAUGUCUGAGAAAUGCGAUCCAGGCAUUUGGUUACAGUGCGGAUGGUGGACUAAUUCCCAUAACCGAGUCGCAGUCAGCUGUGCCAUCAGUACAAACAAACCUGCAACCGGCUAUCAUCACCAAACACGUCAUCUCAAAUGACGUCAAGCCAAUAGACAGUGCAUGUGUUUUCUCCACAUGCGCUAACCUUCAGGACAGUGAGCAGAAAUGUUCUCCCUCCAGCAGUUUUGAAUGUGCUGAUGAGAAUGUGCUGAACCCCAAUAUGGAGGGAUCCAUCGACUCAAUAGGGUCACACCAGACAGACAACAACAGAGCCAGACAUUCAGCGGUGACUUCAAUCAGCGUUUCUGUCAGCACACUGACGUUGGCCUGUGCGCUGGUCAAUCAGCUUCUGUAAACACAGCUUGACUCUACAACUACAGGAACAAUCUGAUGGAUCUUCUGACCUCAAUCAAAGAACUUCUCCAAACUGACAUUUAUCUCUUUCUCUAAGUGUGUGUGUGUAUGUACGUGCGUAUCACACGCCAUCUUUAAGAAAAAACAACAACAUCUUUACAAGGAGUCUUGAAAGACCACUACCCCAUCAGAGAGAGAGAGCGAGAGAGAUGGAGGAAGCCACCAUUAGAUUUGAAAGUGAUGUGGAUGUUGUGAAGCUGACGGCAAAAUGCUGAGCUGUGAACUUUUACAAACUCUGUGGAUUUCUUUUGUGAGGACGACAACACAGCCAUCAGUUGAAUAGGAGCCAGGGGAUCAUUUGACUGCUUUAUGUGACCCAUAAAUGAACUUUCUAUGUAUAUUUAGAGUAACCAUUACCCCCCCCCC